UUUUUUUUUGUGUAGCACGAAGAUCUUAAUCAAAAAGCGAAUUUAACUUUGAAAGACGUGGUGGGGACUAUCAUUAAAGACUAUUUUCCGCGCCUAACACAAUCACAACGAGUAUUAUUCGAAGCUUCCCCCUUUGGAAUAUUCUUAGGAAUGCAUAUCCCACAUGGUGAUCCCUUACUUGUGCAUAAGAUGAUGUUACACAAAGUAAGGUGUCAACAAAUAUUUGAGAUGGGGAGGUUUAUGUUUGAUGUAGAGGGGAUCCAGUCGGGUUUUGGUGAAACUGAAUAGAUUUUGACUUGUGGUUUAAAAGUUGGUCCUUAUGUGGAUUUACUCAAUGACGAAAAGGGUCAGUCAAAUUCAAAUCUCCAUGCUCGGUUGUUUCCAGAGAUUUCUGAUGCACGUCUGCGGCUGAAAAAUUUAGAAGACUUAAUUAUGUCCCCGAAUUAUUUGGCACUACAAGAUGAAGAUGUUGUGAUGCUUAUCCAGCUUGUUUUUAUGUUGAAGGGUCUACACGGACGGGACGUUAAAACCUGCAUUCCUGCCGCAGUAUAGAAGCUUGCUGAUAAUAUAGAUGAUUGGAACAGGUUUUCAUGGGGUACGUAUUUCUGGAAAUAUACUUCGCGUAUGAUGCGUGGAAUGUUUAAGAAAAUAGAAGAGUUUAGAGAAUUGAAGGAGGCCAAUCCCGAAUUGAAGAAAGUACACAAGUAUACCGUUCGCGGUUUUAUGCUUCCGUUUAAAAUAUGGAUUUUGGAGACGUUCCUAGAGGCAACCAAGUUUUAUAUACGCACACCGACAGAAUUGCCACGGAUGAGGGCGUGGAGAAGUAAAACACCGUUGAAUUGGGUUCAAUGUUGUCGAAUAAUCAACGUCCUAACAACGAACCUAUUAAUGUCGAGACAAACCCGGAGGAGCUGAUGUUGCCGUUUUAUGUUCGUUAUGUCAAUUGGACUCUUAACCCUGUAGAGUCUCCCCCACGGCAACAUAGUCUCGUCCAAAAUAGUCCACCUCCUGUUUCCUCGCCUGCUCGAAGAAGGAUGUACAAGUCUGAAAUACAAACAUCUUCGACUGAAUCUACGACAAAUGCUUCUUCCUCGCAACAUCUUGAAACAGGAACAAGUUAUAUGUCACAUGACACAUCAAGAUUGGAAAAGAAGAAGAAGAUGAGCACAAAGGCAUUAGUGAAGCAUCUACUAGGCAUUGUUGCUGACUUAAGUUCCAAAGUAGACCGUGUAUUACAGAAAAAAGAUGAACUCGACACAAAUUUUGAACCAGACAGAAGGUUUCGAGAGGAGGAAGAGAUGAUAAAUGAAGAGGAGGAAGAUACACAUUUUGACUAUGAUAAUAUAGGUAGUCAUGGUUUGGAGGGGGAAUUUGAGUCUACACGUACGCAUGUUGAGUCGUCAUUGGACGUGGCUGAACAUCACACAAAAGAAAUGACUCCUAUUGUUAGGCAUCAACGAAAUAGGGGUGUUCCAUGGUAUCAGAGGACUCCGUUCACAGUGAUGCAAUCCACACCAAAAUUGAAGAAAAUCACCAAAGCAAAGAAAAAAAAGUGGUGA